ACGUUACGUAACUCCAGUGAAGGUCAGCGGUUAAAUAUACACUCAUGUAUGUUUUAUGAGCCGCUUCUGAAAAGUGUGUGUGGUUGUGAACAGGAGCUGGAGCUGGUGGAGGAUGUGUGGAGAGGAGAAGCCCAGGAUCUGCUGUCCCAGAUCACACAGCUGCAGGAGGAAAACAAAACACUGCUCAACAACCUGUCCGUCAAAGAGUGUCCGAUGACAGAAGAGGAUAUACAGAAACAGGAAGGCAUGACUGAGAGGGAACGGCAGGUGAUGAAGAAGCUGAAGGAAGUUGUAGAUAAACAGCGAGAUGAGAUCCGUGCCAAAGACCGUGAACUGACGCUCAAAAAUGAGGACAUUGAAGCGCUCCAGCAGCAGUUGAACCGGCUGAUGAAGAUCAACCAUGACCUGAGGCAUAAGAUCACGGUGGUGGAGGCCCAGGGUAAAGCGCUGAUCGAGCAGAAGGUGGAGCUGGAGGCGUCUGGUCAGGCGCGGCAGCAGGAGAUGGGUAACCUGCGACAGGAAGUGGUCCGUCUUAAGGAGCGCCUUAAAGAGCAGGGCAAGACCAGCGCUGAGAUGGAGGAGCCUGUAGGACCACCUUCACCUGCACAGGAGGUGCUGUGUGAUGAUGACAUGUCCUCUAAUGAUCCAAAAGAUCCGAACCGCCCGCGAUUUACCCUGCAAGAGCUGCGUGACGUCCUGCAUGAGCGCAAUGAGCUGAAAGCUAAGGUCUUCAUGCUACAAGAAGAAAUUGCAUAUUACAAAAGGUCAGCU